GCGGAGGGGCGCCAGGCCCAAGAUGGCGGCGGGCGCGGAGGGCGGUACGGGCGCGGGGGCUCUGGGCGACUGCGCCGAGAUCAAGUCGCAGUUCCGGACGCGCGAGGGCUUCUACAAGCUGCUGCCCGGCGCCGAGGGCGCAGCCCGGCGGGCGGGUCCGGCCCCGGCCCCCGGCGCGGCCUCCAACGCCUCCUGCGCGGCCCCGGUCGCGGCCCCAGGCCCAGCCCCCGGCCCAGCCCCCGCCGCCCCAGGCUCCGCCGCCGCCGCUGCCGCCACCGGGACCCCCUCCCCGCCCGGGCCGGGGCCGGCGCUGCCCGCCGUGCGCCUGAGCCUCGUGCGCCUGGGCGAACCCGACGCUUCCGCCGCCGCCGCCGCCUCCGGGGAGCCCGCCGGGCCGCCCCCGGCAGCUGGCGAUCGCGUCUGCUUCAACCUGGGCCGAGAGCUCUACUUCUACCCCGGAGGUUCCGGGCGCCGAGGCAGCCACCGGUCCAUAGACCUCAACAAGCCCAUUGACAAGCGGAUCUACAAGGGCACCCAGCCCACUUGUCAUGACUUCAACCAGUACACAGCGGCCACCGAGACCAUCUCCCUGCUGGUGGGCUUCUCAGCCGGCCAGGUGCAGUACCUGGACCUGAUCAAGAAGGACACCAGCAAACUCUUCAAUGAGGAGAGGCUGAUUGACAAGACCAAGGUGACCCACCUGAAGUGGCUGCCCGAGUCUGAAAGUCUGUUCCUGGCCUCCCACGCCAGUGGCCACCUCUACCUGUAUGAUGUGGCUCGCCCCUGUGGCCCCGCCCCGCCCCAGUACAGUCUGCUCAAGCAGGGGGAGGGCUUUGCCGUCUACACUGCCAAGGGGAAGGCGCCCCGGAACCCGAUGGCCAAGUGGGCCGUGGGCGAGGGCCCCCUGAACGAGUUUGCCUUCUCCCCGGACGGGCGUCACCUGGCCUGCGUGAGCCAGGAUGGCUGCCUGCGCGUCUUCCACUUCGAUUCCAUGCUCCUGCGCGGCCUCAUGAAGAGCUACUUCGGAGGCCUGCUCUGCGUGUGCUGGAGCCCCGAUGGGCGCUACGUGGUGACCGGGGGCGAGGAUGACCUGGUCACCGUGUGGUCCUUCGCUGAGGCCCGAGUGGUGGCCAGAGGCCACGGCCACAAGUCCUGGGUCAACGCUGUGGCUUUCGAUCCAUAUACCACAAGGAGCGAGGAAGAGCCAGAGGAGGAGGGGACGAGCGGUGGGAGUGAGAGGGAGGCAGGCUCCUUGCCCCGACUGCCUCCCCCAGCCGUCACUUACCGCUUUGGCUCGGCCGGCCAGGACACACAGUUCUGCCUGUGGGACCUGACGGAGGAUGUGCUCUACCCCCGGCCCCCGCUGGCCCGGCCCCGGGCCCUGGCCGGCAGCGGUGGUGGCGGCGGUGGCAGCACGGAGGCUGCGCCCGUCACCCCGGGGCCCCUUCCCCGAUCUCUGUCCCGCUCCAACAGCCUCCCCCACCCGGCAGUGAGCGGAAAGGGGGCUGGGGCAAGCACAGGCGGGGUGACGGAGCCUGGGACCCCCUUCGGCAUUGGCAAGUUUGCCACGCUGACCCUCCAGGAGCGCCGUGACAAGGGCGCUGACAAAGAACACAAGCGUUACCACAGCCUGGGCAACAUCAGCCGCGGUGGAGGCGGCGGGAGCAGUGGAGACAAGCUGAGCGGGCCGGCCCCCAGGGGCCGCCUGGACCCGGCCAAGGUGCUGGGCACGGCCCUGUGCCCUCGGAUCCACGAGGUGCCCCUGCUCGAGCCUCUGGUGUGCAAGAAGAUUGCCCAGGAGCGCCUCACAGUCCUCCUGUUCUUGGAGGACUGCAUCAUCACCGCCUGCCAGGAGGGUCUCAUCUGCACCUGGGCCCGGCCUGGCAAAGCUGGCCUCUCCUCCCAGCCUGCCAACUCCCCCAGCGGCACUGUGGUAUGAAGCUCGUGGAUUCGGCCACUCCCGCCUCAGCCUCCUGGUCCGUGUCCUGUCUGCUCCAUCCUAAUCCCCCUUAAUGUAUUAAUGAGACUAACAGUGGAAGGAGCCCCCCUGCCCUCCCUCGGGCCUUGCACAACACCAGGGGCAUCCCUGGUCUGGCCUGUGGGAUGUGGGGCCCAGUGUUCUUCCCUGCUUGUACACGGUCAGUGUUACCCCCCUCGCUCCCCUGCAUGUGCCGGCCCCUCGCCUUCCCUUCUACUUUGGCUCUUUGCACUGAUCCCCCUCUGGCAGGGACGGGGGGAGGCCCCUGACGAGUGUUAUAAAUUAUGGAAACCCCAGUGUCUCUGCCUCCCCCCACUCCUUCAACCUCUUAUUUAUAGUAAACGCUCCUUGUUUUUACAGUC